AACCAGGGUCAUUCGGGGAGGCUUCCAAGACGAGGUGUUGAGGGUGGACUUCAUUCAGAAGCCCACCCUCAAGGCCCUUCUAACCUGAAUGCUUUUAUACGGUAGCCGAUCCCCACCAAGCACCCGCGGAGGAAUUCGAACUUGCCACCAGUCAGCGAAGACAACCUCCCAACCCGAACCCCGCCCCCUCCGGGGCGCAGGCGUAGUGGCGCCAGAUGAGAACACAGCCGAGAAAGGGAGGGGAACGAUACCCCGCUGAAGACCAGGUUGACACAUGCGUAGUUCCUCAUACUGGCGCACACCCGGCACCCUCAGCGCAUGCGCGAUGACGUCAUCCUAGCGACGGUGCUCUCUUCGCCGUCGCUCCCCUUCUCCCCCCUCCCUUUCCUCCCACCCCCCGAUUCCGGGGCGCCAGCAGCAUCGCUCUCCAGCGUUUUCCGUUGACUUGCCGGUGACGGGCCCCUUCAUAGCCCGACGCGGGAGAAGUGCGCGCCCUGGUCGUGGCGCCAUUCAGCGGCCAACUCAGGCAGUGCCAUGUCGGAGUCUGGACACAGCCAGCCAGGACUCUAUGGGAUAGAGCGGCGGCGCCGAUGGAAGGAACCGGGUUCUGGGGGCCCCCAGAACCUGUCUGGGCCUGGGGGUCGGGAGAGAGACUAUGGAGCGCCUUGGGAACGAGAUCGAGAGAGACGGGAUGGCAAUGAGGAGGCAGGGACAUCAGUCAUGCAGAAAACGCCAAUCAUUCUCUCCAAGCCUCCAGCAGAGCGGUCUAAACUUCCGCCCCCGCCAGCCCCGGCUCCCGCUGCCCCGCAGAUCCCAGCUCCUCUGGACAAACCUAUUGUCUUAAUGAAGCCUCGGGAAGAAGUCAAGGGCCAGGCCGGUGGAGCAGGCGCCCCAGUCCUUGAAGGCGCCGCACCACCCCCCCCCAGUGUCCCCGCCCCUCCCAAGGGGGAGAAGGAAGGCCAGCGGCCCACCCAGCCCGUCUACCAGAUUCAGAACCGGGGCAUGGGCACCACAGCUCCCGCCGCCAUGGACCCCGUGGUGGGCCAGGCCAAGCUACUGCCCCCUGAGCGGAUGAAGCACAGCAUUAAGCUGGUGGAUGACCAGAUGAACUGGUGCGACAGCGCUAUCGAGUACCUGCUAGAUCAGACGGACGUGCUGGUGGUAGGGGUCCUGGGUCUCCAAGGAACAGGCAAGUCAAUGGUCAUGUCCCUGCUGUCGGCCAACACUCCCGAGGAGGACCAGAGAGCGUAUGUGUUCCGGGCCCAGAGCGCCGAGAUGAAGGAGCGUGGUGGCAACCAGACGAGCGGCAUUGACUUCUUCAUCACCCAGGAGCGCAUCGUCUUCCUGGACACCCAGCCCAUCCUGAGUCCAUCCAUCCUGGACCACCUUAUCAACAAUGACCGCAAAUUGCCCCCGGAGUACAGCCUCCCCCACACCUAUGUGGAGAUGCAGUCCCUGCAGAUCGCGGCCUUCCUCUUCACCGUCUGCCACGUGGUCAUCGUGGUGCAGGACUGGUUCACUGACCUCAGUCUGUACCGGUUUCUGCAGACAGCAGAGAUGGUGAAGCCCUCUACCCCCUCCCCCAGCCACGAGGCCAGCAGCUCGUCGGGCUCAGAUGAAGGCACGGAGUACUACCCCCACCUGGUUUUCCUACAGAACAAGGCCCGGCGCGAGGACUUCUGCCCCCAGAAGCUUCGGCAGAUGCACCUGGUGAUCGACCAGCUGAUGGCCCAUUCCCACCUGCGGUACAAGGGCACUCUGUCCAUGCUGCAGUGCAACGUCUUCCCAGGCCUGCCCCCCGACUUCCUGGACUCAGAGGUGAACCUCUUCCUAGUGCCCUUCAUGGAUACCGAGGGGGACAGUGAGAGCCUGCCCCGAGCAGGCCCAGCCUCCAGCCCGCUCUUUUCCCUUCUCCCGGGCUAUCGAGGCCACCCCAGCUUCCAGUCCCUAGUGACCAAACUCCGUAGCCAGGUGAUGUCCAUGGCCCGGCCGCAGCUCUCGCACACCAUCCUCACGGAGAAGAACUGGUUCCACUAUGCUGCCCGGAUCUGGGAUGGGGUCAAGAAGUCCUCCGCCCUGGCCGAGUACAGCCGCCUGCUGGCGUGAGGGUGCGCGC